GAGGGAGGGUACAGCUCUUUCACCGUGUUGUCAUCUUAAAUGAGAGUCAUGUGACAGUGAAAUACUAGAGGCUGUUGUCUCUGUCCGAGUCCUCACUCAGCCCUGAUUAUUCACACCGGACACUCUGAAGAGCAGGUUAUCCACAAUAUGCUGUCUUUGGUUAUUAUCACUGGCCUAUUGGCUUUUACCUCCAGCAAGCCAUGUGGUACCGGUGAAUCGCACAGUGAACUGCUCCUCUCGAUGAACAAGAAUCUCCUCCGCUCUCUGGAGAAUCAGGAAGGGCUUCCCAACCCCAGUGUCCACCUGGCGUUACGUCUGUCUGACAGCCACAACCUCGCCAAGGAGGCCGAACACCUCAAUAGACUAAAAAGUAGUUUACACGAUGACAUUCAAAGCUCUCUGUCUAGCAGCCAGUCUGUGGUUGGCCUCUUGGCAUUGUACACUCUGGCCCUGAAGUCCUCCUGCCACGAUCUCACCACAGUCACCUUCACCGUCAGUGACAAGAGUGAGACGCUGCUGACAAACCUGAAGAAUCAGAUGGAACGAGAGAAGGAACACAUUGCAUUCAGCCACCGCCCUUUGACCAACUAUUACCAGUACUCCCUGGGUGUGCUCGCUCUCUGCGUGAGCGGCGUCAGGGUCAACAGCCAUGUCACCAACAAGCUCAUCAAAGCAGUGGAACAUGAGCACUUCAAACAUGGAGACACUGAGAGUAUCGACACCUACGCUGUGGCUGGAAUGGCUCUCCAGUGUGUGAAGGACUCCGGCUCUCAUGUGCAGAAUGCUGCUGAGCUGGAAACUGCCAUUACAACAAUCAAGCAGAAGCUUCUCGCAGCUCGCAGGCCUGAUGGUCAUAUCGGGAAUGAGUUCAGCACAGGACUGGCAGUACAAGCUUUACUGGCUAUGGGCAACGAGGUGGCAGAUUGUGCUCCGUCAAUGAAGGCCAUGAGGACAGCAGCCGAAAACAACAUAUACCACAACCCUAUGUCCAUGUCGCAGACGCUGCCUGCUCUGAGUAAAAAAUCCUAUCUGUCAGUGAAAAACAAGGCGUGUCUAAACGAGGAUGACACUCUGGUGCUGGAGCCCAUAGAUCCUGUGGAGGUUCUGCCAAGUCAGACCAAGGUGGCUGUGACCGUGGAGGUGGUGCCGUCCAGCGGAGAAGCAGCGGUUUACUCUGUUAACGUCCCGAAGAGCAGCUCCCUGCUGGAGGCCCUCACACUGCUCCAAGAGAGAAAUGUUGGCUUCACAUUUCAGACAGAGUCCAGCCUGUGGGGACCUUUCUUGAGUGUGAUUAACGGAGAGCAGGCCAGACAGAGCGACCGCAGAUACUGGCAGACCUCCUCUGAGGGCACUGCGCUCAGUCAGGGUAUCGGUGACUUUAAGAUUGUAGCAGAUCAAAGGAUCACCAUCAGAAACACAAGCUACUGAAGAUACAGAGGAUGAUCCCAAAGACGUCCAUCCCAAGUGCUGUUUUUGUUUCAACCAGUGAUUUUAGUCAAGUUGUCUGUUGCAAUCAUUAUUGGAUUAAAAUUGUGUGGAUUUUAAGAGGGUUAGAAAUUGAAUAAAGAGUGAUUUAGGAAAACUUAAACCAUCUGUGAUGAAAAUAUUCAGACUUCUGCCCAUGAAUUAUAAAACAUAAUUUUUGAUGAAUUUAAUAUAUUUUCCAAAAAAUGCAAUUUCAAACUUUCAAAGCAGUAUUGGAGUUUUAAAAACAGGUUUUGAAGUGUGCAUUGUAUUGCUACAAAAAAAUUAAAGUGGGUAAUUUUCUAUAGCUAUAACAAAAAAUUAUAAUUGGCCAUUUGAAGUUGUGUGGGCAAGUGUGACAACAUAUCCGUACAUUAUUUCGUUAUUUUGGAGCCUUGGAUAAGCUAUAGUACCAUUUUUCUGUUGGUUGUGAAAAUGCAUGUUUUAGACUCUGGGAGUUCUGGGAGUAAACCCUAACAUGCAGUGUGACAACAUGCAAACUAAACACAAAAAGGGACAAAUGUUUUUUUUGUUUUUUUUUUUUCUGUUCCCAUACCAGAAUAUCAACAUUAACACCUGUAAAAUCCAUAAAAUGGUGCCAAAUUUCAAGUGAAAUGCGCUCAAGAUAAUUAGCAUACAGAUGUUGGUUUAUACCGAUUUUUGAGUUGAAACAAAUUCUGUCAAGUGAUUUUUUUUUUGUUUUUUUUUUGUAAUUUUUGCAAAUUGCAUAAAAAGUCUAAAUGUAAACAUGCAUGCAUACCCUGUCAAGAGUUGGAUGAGGUUAAUCAAAUUCAGGUAUAUUAGGCAGGUACUAAUAUCAUUUGAUUUCCUAGUAUGUGCAGCUUCUGUUGCAAAUGCAUAAUUAAUGAAUGACUUAAUAAAUAAGUCCACUUAAUUUGUGGAUGGAAUAAUGGGCUCAAGGACAAGGUGGACCACCAUUGUGACAGUUAUAAUCUAGUACUAAAGGCAUAAACUCAAACAAAUGUACUUAUUCCAUUAGAACUACAUCACAUAACCAGUGGUGUCAGACUCAUUUGACUGCAGGGGGCACAUAUGGGUGAGGACAGGAUACAACUUCAACAGGUUUCCAAGGCAAACAUAGACAGACAACCACACACACAUAUCUUUAAUUAGGGUUACCAGUUCAUCUCGCAUGUUUUUGGAUUGAGGAGGCAAACCCAAGCACACAUGAGAACAGGAACUUGCAAACUCUACACAGAAAGGCCCUUUUGGUAUUUGAGCCCAGAUCCUUGAAAUAUAAAUCUUAGAGUUUUUCAUUUGUUGUGGCAUGGACUGCAUUUUGAAAAAGCCUGUUUUCUAAAUAUGAACAAUUUGUAAAAAAAAAAUCACUGCAAUUUCAACAUAAACAUAAUUUUUAAAAUGUCUAAUUUUAUAAUCUUACAAAUUUUUAACUUCAAUACUUUCCCAAAUACAGUCGCAUAGAUGUAGAGAUAGACAGUAUUCUUUUGCAUGUAUUUGAGGCUGUUCACAGCUUCACAUCAGUGAUGUCUCAGGUCUCAGCGUGGCGCUCUGU